UCAAUAUGGCAAGCACCAGUAGCGGCAGCGCGGUUAAAAAGUCCAACAAAGUAGCGAUUCCAGAUGCUAACUACAUCCGAGAAAUGUUCAACACUUGCGAGAACCCAAUCAAAGCUAUCAACCAGUUCCAAAUAGAAAACGGAUUACAAAUAGGCUCACUUGAACCAGUCCUCCCCCUUCUCGAUCUCCACAGUAUAAGCAGAGUCAAGUUCCAUCACUCAGUUAUCAGGUUACUUCAGAGUAAACUAACCAAAAAGCUGGAGGGUAUGCCUAGGGAGUCCUUGGAAAAGAUGCUGAAACAAGCAUUUUCACAGAUACAACACAAGGAACUCAUGCCAGUCGCUCUGGAGAUAAUGAAGCUGCUCAAUCCUGUUCCGUCUACUUGUUUGAAAAAAGUAGCGGCACUCCCGGAGGUUUACAAACAGUGUUCUAUUGAAGUGAGGAGACAAGUUUGGGAGAAACACCAGGGAAUAUUUGGAGAUGAAGUGAGACCCAUUCUUAACAAGUACAUUUGGGAGAAGGAUGUUGAGUUACAUAAAGGGAGCGAGAGUCUUAUCGCAGCAGCACCAUUCUUUGCUAUUGCACCGCGCAAACGCAGAGAAUCACCAGUGGUACAGCAACUGAAGGAAAUGAUUGGUCUGUCUUUUCCUUUGUAUCAGAUGAUGUUGAUAUUUGUGCGGACCCUGUACCAGCGGAACAAAACAUCACAUUUCUGUACUCUGCGCUCAGACAUGUUAAUGUCAUUUCACGACUGUAAGAUACAGGACAUUUACAAGCAGGACCCUUGUCAUGACUUCAUGUUUUACAUCCAAUAUGCUGUGAACGAGAAGAGGAUCCAGGACAAGAUUCAGCCAAAACUGAAGGAGUUUUAUUUAAAGAUAGUUUCUGAGAAGACUGAACUGUUGAGUGACACAGCUAUUAUCCUAGCUGAUCCGUAUGUGUUGAAUGUAUUUUGUAUGGAGGUAUUCAGUUGUUUGCAGAGCAUGAUAGAAAAAGAAAAUCUCCCAAGAAACGAAGAGAAGUUACAUUUUCUAUUGAAAUUCAUCAACCUAGGAAUCAAUGCUUGGUCAAUUGUAAACGAUGACUCAACAGAUGAACCCAAACUACACAAGGCCACACUAAAAGAGAACAUUCCUCUUCUCAUGAUUUGCCUUGUUGAAGAUGUCAUGCAUCACGAGAUGGGAUCCAAAUACAGGGACAAUGUCAUAUCAAACCUAGUGUCCUCUACCAGCAAGGAUACUCUUAUAAAAACUCUCGUUAUGCAUUACGUACUGACUCUAGCUCAAAACAGGAAUAUGGAGCGCCUUAAAAUGGUGCUCCCCUUAAUACCUGACUCUAUCUCCACCCUAGACGAGGUUUUCAUGCACGUGCUAGUUUCUUACUUUCUCCAAUACACGACUGAGUGGAAACAGGCAGAUUUCUGUAAAGCAGUCUUCAGCUCCUUUCUCAACAAGUAUUGUGAGGAUGAGGUAGUAUUGAGGCAUGUGCUGCGGUUACUCUGGACAGCGCACCUUCAUUUAGAGGUUGAUCACGUGACAGAGACACUGGAGAUUAUUGCUCCUCAGCCAAAUCAUUCGUCUCAAGUAAGAGACUUGUUCAUGCAGCUUAGUGAACGGACUGCUGUAGUGGAAACAUGAUGUUUAUAUGAUGAUAAUAAUAGGCCCUCAGAUAUAUUUGGGGCUGUAUUGCUGAUAUGUGUUCACAAAAUUUAUAUUUUCAGAUAUAAGAUGAGGAAUCUGAAAUCUGUGAUAUUUUUAACGUUCUAGUUCACAUUAUGCCGACUCUUUUUAAUGUUUAUGAUUUGGACGCGAGCUAUGGGCUAACGAAACGUUGGGAGAAUGGUUUAAAUUAUGAAUAUCGUAACUCAUAUAAUACUGUUUUAAACUUAAAGAAUUGAUAUUUAUUUAAAUGAUUGGAAUCGUUUGUCUCAACCAUUUGACUCCUUAUUAUCUGCACAACAUUCAAUGUUAUUUGUUAACUGCGCAUAAUCUGACAUUGACUUAUUGCUAAAUAUGAGUUCACAAUCUUGUUUCAUUCUAAUACGGUCAUAAAUUUCAUUGUACAAUAAAUCCAAACCCAGCUCACCAAACGCUUUCCGAGUUUACUGCCACUGAUUUAUUAUAAUAUGAUAGCAGGCAUGUUGCUGAACGUCUAAUUACACAUAAUAUCAGGGUGAAGUGUUAAUCAUGACCCAAGUAGCACCUGUAGUCAAGUUAUCUAGAUGGUCCUUCCUCUUAGCAGGAGUCUGGUACGGUGCCAACAGGAGAACUAGACUGAAUAACCAAGCCCAACAGAGUAAAGAUACCCCCUCCAAAUGAGCUCCUUAAUUAGAUUUACUAAGAAGUUCAAAGAACCUAGGAUGAUUUUCUAUUUAUUUUGUAUUUGUUCUAUCGAAUUUUAUGUCUAUUAGAUGAUUUAAUAAUAUCGCAAUAUGCAUUGUAGUUUGUUG